UUUUCCUCAGAGUCUAUACCGCGCCCAGCCUCCAUUCUUCUCCCUCACCGUCGCGGGCUCCAGCUCGGCCGCCCAUCUCCCAAUGCUCGACUUCCCUCUGUUCCUUCCCUGCUUUCGCUCGGUUUCCAGCUCGUCGCCAUUGCCGUCGCGCCCCUUCUGCUCCAGCUCGCUUCUGCCUGGCGGGUUGGCCGUGGAGGCACAGUCGGCCGUGGCAGCCAACGCGUGCAGGCCACGGAGGAGCGCGCGACGGGACUGGCCGUCCCAGCUCCAUGGUCGAGCUCCCUGCGUGCAGCCGCGCGCUCCUCUACUCGGUGAGAAAUUUGCUAUUAUGGAUGUCCUCAGAUGCGGCUUCGACGAUUUGGAGGCGUAGGCGAGGGAUUAGCUGAUAUGGAAAAGCAGGGAAUAGGCCACUCGCCAAAACGAACAAGAACACUUCAUUACUUGGUAACUUCUCUGAUUAAAGCAGUGAAUCUCACGGCGUCUACAUCCCGUUUCCCUUCUCUCUGUCUCCACUUUACCAGCAACCAGCAGCCGUCGUUCUUUUCUAUCCCAGCGCAACCCUAGCCGCACCUGAGAUCUCGCCGCACCCUAGGCGCCUCCCUCAAAUCGCAGGAAGAUGGAUCGAACUGCUCCGGUCGUCGCUAUUGCAGAGGUUGUUGAUGCUGCUCGUGCUGCGGCUGUUGCAGCUGCGGAGGCGAGAUGUGUGGCGUUGGUUGCUGAGAAGGAGGCACGUGCGGGUGUUGAAUCUGCCACUAUUGCAGCGGGUAAGGUUGAACUUGCCGUAUCUGCUGUGAAGUAUGGUAGAUUUGUAGAAGGUGACUCCAUGGUGGAAUCAAAGGAUAAUGUUGACUUGAAGUAUCAUGUUAGCAUCAAGAACUCACUGCGAUAUGCCAUACAAGAGAUGAGGAGGCAAUCUUCAAUUAUACAAAACAUGAAUAGGUUGUGUUGUAGCAUCCCAGAAGUUGAAGGGGGUAAGGUUGGAAAGCUUUCUUCGCAUUUGAAGGAAGUGUGCAAGGGUCUCGAGAAGACAUCUAUUGUUUGUGAAGAAGAUCUGGAGAACAAAUGUCCUGGUUGGGACCUAGAUCAUCCCCCUUCAGAUGUUGAAGACGACUGUAACCCUUCUGAAUUUGAGGACCAAGAAGAUGGAUAUGUGUCAGAAGAUCCGGAGCUGUGGGAAAUGGUUUUUGAAGACAUGAAGUGGGAAGAGAACAAAGUUGCUGUCUCUUUGUUCGAGCAUUGUCGUAUUAUGGGCUACGACUACGACCAGAUGUUUGAUCAUACUACCAGAUGAACCUGUAACCAGUUUGUGUCAUGAGAUGAACUUGUAACCAGUUAUGUAGACUUUUGUGAUGUCAAGACUAUGUACUUGAAACAUCUCUAUGUGAUGUGGUCCAGUUUAUGUAAGACUAUCUAAGUAUUCAAGACAGCUAUGUAUGCAGUCUGUUCCCA